AUGUCUGAUGAUUGGGAUUUCCCCGCAUUUGAUGCUUUCAGAAAUGGGCAAAUUACUUCAAAAAUAAUAAAUACGUAUCUAAUAAUCGCUUCUUCUCUCAGGGGUUCAUCUGUGGUGCAAGAUAAGUUGAAUAAGUCCCGGAGGUUUCGCAACAAAAGUGUGGAUUUUGAUGAUAAUCUGUUAUGUGCAGAAAAUCCAAGGCUGAUCUACAUUAAUGAUUCGAGGAGAGCAAAUGACAAGUACGGGUUCAGUGGGAAUGAGAUUCGGACAAGCAAGUAUACACUUAUCAUGUUUUUACCCAAGAAUCUUUUCAUUCAGUUUCAUCGAGUGGCCUAUUUGUAUUUCCUGGCUAUCGCUACUUUUAAUCAACUUCCACCUCUAGCAGUUUUUGGAAGAACUGUGUCCCUUUUCCCACUCUUGUUUGUGCUUUGUGUCACGGUAAUUAAAGAUGGUUAUGAGGAUUGGCGAAGACACUGGUCAGACCGGAAUGAGAAUAACCGAGAGGCACUAGUUCUCCAGUUGGGGGAAUUCCAAAUGAAGAAAUGGAAAAAGAUAAGAGCAGGACAGGUCGUCAAGACCCACGCUGAUGAGACAAUUCCUUGUGACAUGGUUUUGUUAGGGACAAGUGACCCUACUGGACUUGCCUACAUCCAGACCAUGAAUUUGGAUGGUGAAUCAAACCUGAAGACAAGAUAUGCUAGGCAGGAAACAGCUUCUUUGGUAUUUGAAGGUUGUAAUAUAUUGGGGCUGAUCGGAUCUGAAGAACACGAAUUGGAUAAUAGGCGUGGUGGUUUACGCUGGGCAGGAAACAAAAGCAAUGCUAAACAGUGUAGUUUCUCCUUCAGAGCGAAGCAAGUCAAUGGAACAACUUUGAAACAUCAGAAUCUCCAUUCACAUCGACUCGGGCAAGACCACACUAACGGAGCAGAUUCUCUAUUAUACGAGCUGGAUCCACGAGAUCCAUGA